AUGCCAUCCGUUUUCCUCAUUGGCGGUACAGGCCACGUCGGAGGAGCAGUCCUCGACCAGCUGCAGACGGAACACCCCGACCUCCCCGUCACGGUCCUUGUGCGAGACGAGCCCAAAGCAACGCGGCUGCGCGCCAAAUAUCCCCGGGCCCAGACGGUGCUGGGGGACCUUUCCACCGGGGAUGUCGUCACGUCCGAGUCCCGCCGGGCCGACAUUGUGCUCAACUGUGCGCCCGACAUUACGCACGAGCCGGCCAUCAAAGCAGCGCUCGACAGCAUGAGCGAGCCGGGGCGCAAGCAGAAGGGCUUCUUCGUCCAGACCACGGGCACGAGCGACCUGUACGACGAGCCCACGGGGUCUCCCGACGCGCGUGUCUGGGACGACAUGGACGAUAUCAAGGAGAUCAUGAACUUCGAUCCAAACCUGACGCAUGAGAAAGGCCAAUCGCAUCUUGAGAGACGCGACCCUUCCAUCGAGCACCCGGUGCCCCUGACCACCGGGGCCUUCGUCACCACCGCGAGGGCCUUCAACUCCGGCUUCAAGAUCAACACCGGCGAGAACCAGUUCGGCUGGGUGCACUGUGUCGACCUCGCGCGAGCCUUCCUCCUGCUCGUGGACAACGCCCUGGACUCACUCAAUAGCAACCAGCCUCCCGCAGAGCCGGCCGGCUUCCCGCUCUGGGGCCGCGAGGCGUACUACUACGCAGUGUUGGAGCACGUCGCAUUCCGCGACUUCAUAGCAGGGCUCGUGCCGCCGAUGCACAAGGCGGGCGUCAUCGGGAGCAUCGACGUCGUGAGCGUGAGCAGCAAGGACGCCGCGCGCGUCUGCCUGGCAGGCACGCAGGAGUUCAACCCCGACAUGAAGCUGCCGCCCCUGGAUAGCUGGCAGAUCCACAUGGCCGUCGGGAUGGGCGUCAACAUGCGCAUUCGGCCCAGCAGGCUGACGAAGCUGGGGUGGAAGCCGCGGGAGGUGAGCAUCAUGGCUACCUUGGACGACAUCAUUCCGCUGUACUUGGCUUGGGAGAAGGCGCUGAGUGGUUGA